CAAAUCAAACAAAGAAGUCGGUAGUGUCAGAAACAGCAGUUCAUCAUAAUUAUAAUAGUCCGAGUGAUCUUGGCGAAGAACAGUUGUGGACAAUGGCUGAAGCUACACCACCUGAGGCUGCAGCACCCGCUGCCCCUGCUGCUGAAGCAGAGGAACAGGUCGUGAACCCAUGGGAAGUCAAAACUGGUAGCAAUCAAGGAAUUGAUUACGAUAAACUUAUCAGACAGUUUGGCUCAUCUAAGGUGUCUCCUGAACUACUAGAGCGAUUCGAGAGAUUGACAGGCAAGCCGCCCCAUCGUUUUCUAAGACGUGGUGUCUUUUUCUCUCAUAGGGACCUGUCCAGUAUCCUAGAUGCCUAUGAAAAGAAGGAACCCUUCUACCUGUACACUGGACGUGGUCCGUCUUCGCAGUCCAUGCAUCUUGGACACUUGAUUCCAUUCAUCUUUACUAAAUAUCUUCAGGACGCCUUCAAUGUACCGCUGGUCGUCCAGCUGACAGAUGAUGAGAAGUUCUUGUGGAAAAACCUGACGGCCGAAGAGUGCCACGACUUGGCGUACAAGAAUGCCAAGGACAUUAUUGCGUGUGGUUUCGAUGUCGACAAGACCUUCAUUUUCUCAGACUUUGACUAUAUGGGAUCGUGCCCGGACUUCUACAGAAAUGUUGUCAAGGUGCAGAAAUGUGUCACACUGAAUCAGGCCAGGGCCAUCUUCGGUUUCGCUGACACCGAUUGCAUAGGAAAGGUUUCUUUCCCCGCCAUUCAGGCGGUACCCGCGUUUUCCACAUCGUUCCCAGAUAUUUUCGGUCGCGAAAAGAACGUGAAGAAAGUGAAAUGCCUUAUUCCUUGUGCAAUUGAUCAGGAUCCCUAUUUUAGAAUGACACGUGAUGUUGCACAUCGCCUCGGUCACUGCAAGCCAGCCUUGAUCCACUCCACGUUCUUCCCCGCCCUGCAAGGCUCGCAGACGAAAAUGAGCGCCAGUGAUGGCAACUCGUCUAUUUUCCUCACCGACACGGCCAAGCAGAUCCAGAAGAAGGUCAACAAAGAAGCGUUCUCUGGUGGCCGUGUGUCGGUGGAGGAGCAUCGCAAGUACGGCGGUGACACCACUGUGGAUGUGGCGUACAAGUACCUGACGUUCUUCUUGGAUGAUGACGCCAAGCUGCAGCAAAUCAAGGAGGACUACGAGGCAGGUCGUAUGCUGACUGGCGAGCUGAAGAAGGAGCUGAUUGGUGUUCUGCAAGCCAUGGUCGCCGAGCAUCAGGAGCGCCGCGCAACCGUAACCGACGAGCUGCUAAAGCAGUUCAUGACCCCGCGUCCGCUGUGCCGUGCAGCAUGAUGCAGAUCAGCCGGAUACACUCCCAAGACAAUUCUGACAAUUCUGAGGCAUAUACGAUUCAUACCAACCUAGUGACGGACCAUGUUCUCAUAAAAUACCACCGCAUGUUCAUCUAUAUUACCGCUCGUCUGGCAAUUGCUUUCUCCAGCCAGUGAGUAUCAUACAGAAGGCAUUUGCUACAUGUACAUAUCAGGCAGCUUUAGUUCUGAUUUCCGAAGCAACGCUGCCCUUCGGAUUAUUUAAGAAUACUUUGACUUGCACGCGACCUUCGACUGUGUCAGAAAGGUUUUAUAAUUUUUUUUCUGAUUUCUCGCAGUCCUCUGCUGUUUGUCGCAUACGCAAAUUUAGGCAAUCAUUGGUAUCCAAUACUUUAUCAGGUUCUGUUACAUUGACAUGCACGGAGCAGUGACGAUUGUACAGAUGAAUAACGGAGGUGUACACACAGUA